AUGGCACUGGGCAUAGGAAAGUAUACUAUCGGGGCCAAUCGAGGACUUCUCAAGCCAGAGUCUGAUGAGUCUGAAAGGCUCGAGAAGGUCGAAUCAGUGACCUCGACCUCGAAAAAGAAUAGAUUCCGCCGGCAUUGCAGGCGAUUCUGGUGCAUCUACCUCAUUGCCAAUGUCAUAUUCUUGGCUAUUUUCUUGCCUGUUUUCUUUCUGGUUGCGAUUCCUGCCAUCGCGCAAAUGGUUGUCAAUAAAUCGGAUCUGCGAAUUGUCAAUGCCGAGGUGAUGCACCCAACAGCAGAUACAGUACGGAUGACACUAGAAGCAAAGGUAAACUUGAAGCUUGCAAUGGGCGUUCGACUCGAUCCAGUUGUCUUCUACGCAUUUGUGCGCUCCGCUGGCCAUAAAAAUGCAUAUGCAGGAAUUGAGAUCCCCGGCCAAACUAUCAAGGGGAAUUAUUCACUCGGAGUCACCGACCAGUUGACACCGAUUCUCAAUAUGACUUCCUGGGAAACCUUUGUGACCCAAGCCGUCUCCCAAAAGGAAACCGCACUCUCGCUAUAUGGAGCGACCACUGGAUAUCUCGGGGUCCUGAAAAACCACAUUGUAUUGGAUAAAGAUGUGCCAAUUCCAACUUUGAACAAGUUUGCAGGCUUCUCCAUUGCAAAUAGCACAUUCCUCUUACCGGCAGAGGACGAUGGAUCCAACCUCGUUGCCAAUAUUACACUUCCAAACCCCUCCCCCUCAGCUUCGAACGGCAAUACCGACCUAGUCAUCGGCAAAGCAACGGUCAAAGACGUCACAAUCAGACCAGGCAACAACACUUUCCCGUUGAGAGGUGUGAUCGACAUUAAUACGAUGAUAGGCAACCUCACCGAAGUUCUCAGCUCACAGGGCCCCGCCAUCAGACGAGGUGCACUGAGCCUGACAGCUGUGACCAAAUCAAUUAUAUCCAACGGCACUCUAAUCCCGUACUAUACGAAGGCCCUCAGUUCACUCCCUCUGGUAGCAAACGUGAGUAUUGGCGAUGUUCUCAGAAACUCGCUUGCUCGUCUGGGCUCGAGUGAAAUAUUUUCAGACUCCGAUGACAAACGCAGGAGAGGCCCUGUUCGGUUGGACGGUCCGGUUGGAUACGGUGAUGCAUAUAGCCAGGUUGCAAGUCUGAAACACAACAGGCAUGUUCAAAAGAUGUUUGAGGACGAACAUCCCGAAAGACGAGAUGCAAUUAUAGAUUCGCUGGCUGAAUAUUAUGCCGCACUAUGA